CAGUUACAAAAAGCUCCUCUUUCUUUUCUUCUUCUCCUUCUUCUUCAAUUUCCUCACCUCGUACACUUCCCCCGGGUUGUUCUCUUUAUUGCCGUUCUCAUUCAGCAUCCCAUUCAGCACCUCAUUCAGCAUCUCAUCCAACACCCCAUUCCUCACUCAUUCCUGCCUUCAGUACUCUGGUUCGUUUACAAACCACCUUUCUAAACUGUUUUCCAACUUGUUCUACUUCCGCAUCUGCACUUCCGGCCUUGGAUUCCACGAACCAUCUUCCUCCAUCUUCUUAUCACUGCCCCCAACACCAUGGAACCUCAUCAGCAGAGUAUAGCUCAACAAAUCUCAAUUCAUGAUCCAGAUACGUAUUGGCAUCAUUUUGCAUCCUUGCUUCAUUGGGAUGUUCCUUAUUCCAAGGUGUUGACACCUGCGCCUCCUUCUUCACCUAUGGAUUAUACUUGGUUCAAGGAUGGGAAGCUCAAUACGUGUUUUAAUGCGAUUGAUCGACAUGUUCUACAAGGUCGAGGCCAACAGGUUGCGAUCUAUUAUGAUUCUCCUGUGAGUAAGGAGAAACGAGCCAUCACUUUUAAAGAACUGUUGAAUCAAGUCCAGACAUGUGCAGGUCUCAUUGCCUCACAUGGUGUUAAAAAAGGAGACUUGGUUCUUAUCUACAUGCCCAUGGUUCCGGAAGCGCUGGUAUCGAUGCUUGCGUGUGCCCGCCUAGGAGUUACUCAUAGUGUUGUCUUUGGAGGAUUUGCUCCGUUAGAGAUCAAAAAGCGUAUCGAUGACAGUAAGCCCAAACUGAUUAUCGGGGGAUCCUGUGGUAUUGAGGUUAACAGAAUUGUGCCUUACAAAGCCAUGCUUGAUCAGGCCAUCGAUAUGAGCGAUCAUAAACCAGCUUAUAGGGUCAUUUUCCAGCGUGAGGCAGGACGCGCAGUCUUGGAUCCUGCUCGUGGUGACCUGGACUGGCAUGAUGAGAUGCAGCGCAUUCGUCUUGCAGGAAAACAAUUCAAGGAAUAUGUCCCUGUUGAAAGCCAACACCCAUUGUAUAUUCUUUAUACUAGUGGCACCACAGGGCUACCCAAGGGUGUGGUGCGUGAUAAUGGUGGACAUGCAACGCAGACAAUGGCUAGCAUGAUUAACCUAUUUGGUUCCAAACCUGGAGAUGUAAUGUUCUGCGCUAGUGAUGUCGGUUGGGUGGUUGGACAUAGUUUUAUCUGCUAUGGACCACUGUUAAUGGGUUGCUCUACAGUCCUGUAUGAAGGUAAACCGAUUGGAACACCUGACGCGGGCGCUUUCUUCCGAAUUAUUCAAGAGUACAAAGUCAACACCUUCUUCACUGCCCCAACAGCUCUAAGAGCGGUUCGACGUGAGGAUCCGCAUGCUAAAUUGAGUGCGCAAUACGAUCUCAGGUCAUUGACAGGGUUAUUCCUGGCAGGUGAACGAUCCGAUAAAGGGACGAUUGAUCAUUUCCGACAUGUCAUCGGAGGAAAACCUGUGGUGGAUAAUUAUUGGUCGACCGAGUCAGGAUCCCCAGUCACAGGAGCUUGCCAAGGAUUGGAAGAUGCUCAUGGAACUAAAGUUACACCGAUUGCGGUUCGGGAUGGAUCUGCAGGCAUGCCAUUGCCUGGCUAUGAUGUUCGAGUGUUGACAGAACCCGAGGAUUCAGCUACAGGUUAUCGAAUCACAGAAUUGGGACCGAACAAUUUUGGAAACUUGGUGAUCAAACUUCCUUUACCGCCAUCCGCUUUGCAUACGCUUUGGAAUAACCCUUCAGGCUUCCACAAGAGCUACCUAUCUAGGUUCCCGGGCUACUAUGAUACAGGAGACGCAGGGAUUAUAGAUGAGGAUGGGUAUGUGCAUAUAAUGUCACGAACGGAUGAUAUCAUGCAAGUAGCGGGACAUCGAAUGUCAACAGGAUCGGUCGAACAGAUCCUGGCGGAGCAUCCGGCGGUUUCAGAAUGUUGUGUGGUACCGUUGUCAGACAAAUUGAAGGGUCAAGUACCAAUGGGUUUAAUCGUCCUGAAGUCUGGAGUGACCGAGUCAGAAGAGGAGAUUAAGAAACAAGUCACUCAGAUGGUUCGAAACAAUUUGGGAGCGAUUGCAAAUUAUAAUCAAACAUAUGUCGUCCAUCGAUUGCCCAAGACCAGGAGCGGAAAGAUCUUGAGAAGGACUAUUCGAGAUAUCAUUGCAGGCAAAUCCUUGGAGAACAAACAGUUGGUGGUCCCAGCAACGAUCGAAGAUGUGACAGUCUUGAAUGAAUUGGAGGAAGUGAUGCGCAAAUUGGGCUUGGUUGGAAAUGAUGGUGAGGGUGGUAAAGAGGACGAUACGGUCAAGCCUAAGGAUGUCGUCGAUGCACCAAGGGCCAAAUUGUAA